AUGGCUUCAAAUCAGGAGGAUGACGAUUUCUUCGGAUUUUCUGAUGAUGAAGGAGAUGGCAUUAACUCCGAUUCUGACUCGGAGGAUGAUGGAAAUGCUGCUGACUUGGUACAAGUUGCUGAAGGGGUACAACAUGCUCAUGAAUAUGGGGAAUUUGAGCAGUUUGAGUCAGUACCAGACCUCAAUGAAGAGGUACAACAGGUAUCAGAUGAAGGUGGAGUGGGACAACAACAAAAUGACACAACAGUUGGUACCAACAUUCAAGAGGUACCAUUUCUUUUUUAUUUGAACAUGCUACCACCAGAAGAAAAUGCAUCAUUUCAACAUCAUCAAACAACAACACGAACACCAAAUCAUCACAAGCCUAAGACUCCAAGAAUAAACAAUGAAUUGAGAUUAGAAAUUUUGUUGUUCCUGCUAAACAGACAAAUUCCAGGGCUAGACACUCUAUUGUAUGGGACAGUAAGGGAUGCAAUGGUACAUUUUGGAUACACCAGAAAAACCAUAGGCAAAUUAUGGAACAGAGCAAAGAGACAGAAGCAAGCAAUGGAUUCAUAUAUUUUGGAAAGAAAAUAUCACAACUGUGGUAGGAAAAAUAUUCAAGUCACAUAUGAUUCUAUUGCAUCAAUAGGCAUGGGGGACAGAACAUGCCUUAGAGAUCUUGCAAAGAUGCUAAAUUUGGGAGCAACAACAGUUUGGAGGUUGGUGAAGAGGAAAAUGAUUAAACCACACUCAAGUCCCUUAUAUCCAGACAUUUCAGAAGAAUGCAAGAUGGCAAGGAUGAGGUGGGUACUUAGACUUAUAAUGGAUUACACUAUACCACAAGAACCAACAUAUUACAACAUGUAUGACUUUAUUCAUAUUGAUGAGAAAUGGUUCUAUCUUACACAAAAAAAGAAGAGAGUUUAUUUUGCAAACAAUGAACCCUAUCCACAUAAAAGUGCAAAGUCAAGAACAAAAGUACCAAAGUUCAUGUUCAUGGCAGCAGUAGCAAGACCAAGGUGGGCUCAAGAUAGGCAGUGUAAAUUUGAUAGCAAAAUAGGAAUAUUUCCUUUCACAGAUUCAGUGGCAGCAAAGAGAUCACCAAAAAACAGAGUGAAGGGGACAAUUGAGACAGAACCAGUGAAGUCAUUCAAUCAAAUAGAAACCAAGGGCAUGCUUAUCAACACCUUAAUACCACCAAUCAAGGAAAAGUGGCCACCACAUGAAGGGGAAAAUGUGAUCUUCAUAAUUCAAGACAAUCCAACAAACAGUCCAGAUUGCAACAUCUUGGACUUGGGGUUUUUCAGGUCAAUACAGUCACUUAUGCACAAGAAAAUGCCUAAAACUAUGGAAGACUUAACUGGAGCAGUGACUGGUUCUUUUAAUGAACUGCAUCCUAAGACUUUGUUUAAUGUGUGGAUGACACUACAAUUUGUUGCUAAUGAAAUUCUAAAACCCAAGGGCAACAAUGACUACCAACUUCCACACAACAAGAAAAAGAUAUAA